AUGUCUGACGUUUCCAUCGAGUUUAUCUCGACUGGUAGGGUCAAGAUGAGAGAACCAAUGAGUGGACAACCCAUCACCAACAAGAACACCACACUCCGUCUCCUCCGCUGUUUCACAGGAGAGUGGACACCAUGGAUGCCCAUCGGCGUCUUCCUUGUCAGGCAUCCCAACGGACCCAUCUUGAUCGAUACUGGAGCCUCGCCUCAAUGCAUGGAACCAGGUUAUUUUCCAGCCUUGGGCUACAUUGCCACAGUGCUCAACCAGCUUGAGGUGGAACCAGAAGACGGCGUCGUGAGCCAAAUGGAAAAGCUCGGUGUGCGUCCAACAGACUUGCAGGCUGUUGUUCUCACCCAUUUGCAUCACGACCACGCCGGUGGCCUGAAGGAAAUUGUCGAGGCUGCCCCAAAUGUUCCCGUCUACAUCAGCACUGCACACUGGGAAGCCUUUGGGAAGCACCCUACUUAUGCUGCUAUGCAAGGGUGUGCUUCCAAUCAUUGGCCAAAGGAGUUCAACUUGAAGUUGCUGAAAUUUGAAGGAGAGCCAAUUGGGCCAUGGAGUCAGUCAGAGUCUAUCACAGCCGACGGAGCAGUCGUUGCAGUAGAGACACCGGGACACGUUCCGGGGCAUCUCUCUGUGAUUGUGAAGGGCAGCAACUCAGGUACAGGCGUCGCUGAGAAGUACUUCAUUACAGGCGAUGCUACGUACAGCCUGGAGUUGUUGGAGAGAGGGGAGCCGGAUGGCAUCAAUCAGGAUCCAAUGGUCGCGUUUAAGAGCUUGGAACUCAUCAAGGAGUUUUCAAGACAGGAAAAUGUGGUCAUGCUUGUUAGCCAUGACGUAAAUACGGCUGCCAGGCUGCGAGCGAAGGAGCUGUAUCAUCCAAAGGAGGAGUGA